GAUGUUUAAAAUGAAAGACAUCUUUGGAAAGUGAAGAAAUGAAAGAAUCUUUGGAAGGUGGAAGGAAGAAGCUAUGGCUCCUCUUGUGCAUUUUGGGAUGGGCUGAAGGCGUCCUCGGACUCAUUCUUCUCACAUUUUCUGCCAAACCGCUGCUCGCCCUGUACAACCUUGCCCCAGACACCUUCAACUUCAAAAUCGUUUACUUAUCUUCAUUUGCCACUGGCAUAGCUGUCUCGGCUGUUUCGCUGAUGGGUGUCAUCGUGACACAAAACAGUCUCAAGCAUGCUGCUUUGCCCGCUACUGUCAGGACACACAGGAUCUGGUUUGGGCUCAGUGCAAUCAUGAGCAUAUUCAUUCUGAUGUCUGCAUUCAUUAUUCCAUCAGAAUUGGGAUCAGCAGAUAAAGAGAUUAUAGACGAAGCACAAAGAGGUAUGAGAAAAUACCUCACAGAUCCAAGGUGGCGGUUUGCAUUUGACACCAUCCAGCAAAACUACAAAUGUUGCGGUAUUUAUUCUUUCGAGGACUGGUACAAAUUGGACUGGAUCCCAAUAGACAGUCUACGUACAGACCUAACAUUACAAAAUAAGGAUUUGAUAAACGUAGAUGGAUCGCUGAAGGUGGGAGUGGUACCGCCGAGCUGCUGCAAGGUUGAUGUCAAUGUCCCUUGUCUACAUGAUGCUCUUCUGCAAAAUGAUACCUCAUCUAUUUGGCUCGGCCAAGAACUUCCUUACUACGACACAGUAUAUACAAAAGGAUGCCAGGAGGAAUUUUUCAACAAGCUGUCCUCGAACUUAAGUUCUUUCGGCAUAAUAGCUGCAUUAAUAGUCAUUUUUCAAAUAUGCCAAAUGAUAAUAGAGAGCCAUAUACAUUCAUCGACGAUGCAAGAAGACACUGAAAAUAAAAGGAAAUGCAGUGAGAAAAAACAACUUUUACCCAAGCAGAAGACAAAGAAAAAAUUAAACAAGGAUUAAAGUUGUUCAACAGAAAACAACCUGAGCAUGACAAAAAAAGAUAUUACCACUGUAACAAACAAAUUGAUAUGAAUGUGAAGGAGGUGAUGGACUUUGGAACUCGUGGGAGACAAAAGUGCAAAAAGGCUAAAAGGCGGUGGACAGGAGGCAUUUCAUUGGGAGACUGCGAACAAACCACCUCGAACGUAGCUGCUUCAACUUGGCUUGCGAAGAAUCAUCUUAUGAAAAAA